AUGGAGUUUCUGUGGGGCUUACCUGCCAAUGCUGCGGUUCAAGGUCUUCUUUAUGCUGUGGCGUUCUUGAUAUUGCACAUGCUUCUGACAGCACGGGAUGUUGGAUCGUUUGCGUUGUGGUUGGCAGACCAGUUUGCACCGAAGCAGCCGGAUCGCUGGGAUGGCAGACUGGCCACGGCCCUCGCGGAGACACGAAAAGCCAACUGGCUGAUGUUUUCGAGAUGCGCCUCCUUUUUCACAGCUGGCGGUAUGUCGUACUGGAUUCACACCUUCUACGUCCACAGUCAUCCAACGCUGGCGGAAGGCAGCGUCUUUGCCGCGGUAUCCUGCACAUACGUGCUCUUCCUGGCCACUGCGACCCGCGCCGUGGAUCUGACGGCAGAGCGAGUGCGAGCGUGUUGCUCCUUCUUCUACUGUAGCAUGAUGGUAUGCUUUUUGGCUGUACCCUUUGCGCGGGGUCUGCAUCUCGAUAUUAACGUGAUGGUAGUCCAGCUGACCUCUUGCCGCUUUAUCCUCUCAGCAGUCGCCACUGACACCAAGCUGUCCGCACCUUGGCAGGUGCUGCUGACUGCGGGUCAGCUUUGGGCUGAUUUCAUGGCCCCCGGCGGCCUGAACCAUCCGGGCUUUUGCGUCUUUCUGCAGCUCGUUGCUCUGGGCCUGACAAUCGUUUUAUCCUGGGUGCUCGAGACGGGCGUUCGUGCGACUCUCUGUGCCCAAUUCCUACACUCCGACGCAGAGUCUUUGAUGUCAAGCUUCCGCAGAAUGCUGCGUGGGGUUUGUGAUGGAGAGGUGCUGCUUGACAGCAACCUCCGGGUUCACAGUGUCUCAGAUUGUUUGAAGCACCUCCUUAUGACAUCCGCGAACCUUCACGGCAAGCCCUUUACGCAGGUCUUCGACCCGGCAGAUUUGAAGCGCUUCAAGGACUUUGUCACCGAAGGAUCACCGGAGGACCCGCCAUCAAAGGGGAGCGUGCCUUCGUCUCUCCGUGUCUCCUUGGUGGGUGCCGCUAGCACCCGCGUAUGCGUGGAGUUGUACCACGUAUCGAUUUCCAAGCUCUAUGGAUCUCACGAUCCUUACCACCUCAUCGCUUGGAAGGAAGAUGCUGAAAGCCGCGAGCAGCCAAUGCAAGCGCGACAGGAAGUGGCUUGUCCAUCGACGACACUCCGCCAGCUGACUCGGCCGGCAGCUGCGCACGAGGCUAGUCCUCCGUGCGGGGCGCUGACGGAGCUUUUCUCCCAGAUGGCAGAUGUGAGUUUGCUCGUCGACACCGCGACCAUGCACUACAGCACUCGACAAGUGAACUUGCGAUUCCCUUGCCGAUUCUACAGCCCACAAACGCAUCCUCCACACCUUCGCUCGAUGGUUCUUCCAACUGAAUGGCCGACGAUCCAGCACGAACUGGCGCGCUAUGCGCAGGACCAGCAGGAAACCUAUGCCAUUCAGCCGCGCCCGCUUCCGGCCCUGCGGUGCCGGACGGGCCAAGCAUCCUCCAGGUACCGUGUGGCUCAGAAGGUGGAGAUCUCAGCGCACCGUUCCACGAAGGUGUGGAUUCGUUUGGGCAACUUCUCGGAGCGGAGCACAAGUCAGGAGCGUCGAGUUGAUAGCCAGCGGACGGCGCGGAAACCUCGUUGUGAAUGA